CUCUCUUCUUGGCUAACCUGUGUACACGGUAUGUGGUGAGCAAAGGUUAAAGCUGAUAACGUUAACUGACAGUGGGAGCAAGCAGGGGCAGAGGAGCUGAUAAACUUGACCAGUAGGACUUCUGUCUUGUUCCAUCAUGAAUUUCUUCCUGGAAACGAUCCAAGUCCUCUUGCUGUCCCUCUGGUACAAUGUGGAAUCUUUCAUCCACAUCUUUGUGCCCACGAAGAAGAAGAGCAUCGCUGGUGAGGUGGUGCUGAUCACGGGGGCAGGUAGCGGGAUCGGGCGCCUCAUGGCUAAGGAGUUUGCGGCUCGGGGCACUGUGCUGGUGCUGUGGGAUAUUAACCAGGAUGGGAUGAAGGAAACUGCUAGACUGGCUAAGCAGAGUGGAGCCAGCAGAGUCCACUACUAUCUGUGUGACUGCAGUGACAAGAACGAGGUUUACAGAGUGGCUGACCAGGUAAAGCGAGAGGUGGGUGACGUCAACAUUCUGGUCAACAAUGCUGGGAUCGUGACAGGCAAGAAGUUUAUGGAUUCUCCUGAUUCCCUGAUUGAGAAGACGGUGGAGGUCAACACAAUGGCUCACUUCUGGACCUACAAGGCCUUCCUUCCUGCCAUGAUUGCCAACAAUCACGGCCAUCUUGUCAGCAUUGCUAGUUCUGCUGGACUCAUAGGAGUCAAUGGCAUUGCAGACUACUGUGCCAGUAAGUUUGCAGCAGUAGGUUUUGCAGAGUCCGUGGGUCUGGAGCUGCUGGCAACUGGGAAAGAUGGCGUCAAGACCACCAUUGUGUGCCCGUACUUCAUCAACACUGGGAUGUUCAAUGGAUGUCAAACUAAGUGGCCAAGGCUGCUGCCAAUCCUGGAUCCAGACUAUGUAGCCAAGAAGAUCAUCCAUGCUGUGCUCACAGACCAGGUCUUCCUGCUGUUGCCCAAGAGCAUGUACCUCAUCAAUGCUCUCAAGAACGUCCUCCCCAUGAAGCAGGGCAUUAUGCUGGGCCAGUACCUGGGAGCCUUCAACUUCAUGGACUCAUUCAGGGGACGCUCCACAAAACAGGAGUAAAGGAAGAAAGUGAAGAACACGUUAAGGAGUAGUAAUAUGGAAGGAGAUUUGCAUUUAUUACAGCUAUCUAUCUAUUGUGUGUUACUGUCUUAAGACAGAACA